GUCGAGCUCACCUUCCACCCGGCCUCCGAGAUCUACCACCGCGUAGCCUCCAAGUGCCGCUCCCUCCACGGCAGGUAUCUGGCGACGCCUUGGCUCGCCAGCCCACAUUUGCAGACACUGUUCCUGGGUAUCUCCGGGAGGCCACCUUCGUUCACAUACAAAAGGUCUGCAGCACUCAUGAAUGAAUAGGCAGCCAGAAACCCCACACCAGUGUGACUGUCACUACGAUGAUCUAGUAUGACACUUCCUCAGAAUGCAAAUUGAGCUCCAACAUCCAGAGGUUACAGGUAUAGCCAAGAAGACUGAAGCUCUGAAUGAGGAUGAUGUGCCUGUCCACAAUCAAAACAUUAAGGAUUUGUCACCUUCGCACCAACAAAACAGUGAAACAAACAUGCACCUGUUGCUUCUCUGCCCAUACGCCCAUGAAAUCUGGAAAACAGUCCUAUAUGGGCAAAAUGCACCAUCAUGACGACAGCCAAACGUCGAUACUUUGACAUUCUAGAGGAUUUGUGGCAUCAAGAUUGCUCAUGCUUGCAAAAGGAGUGGAGGUGCAGGCAAUUGUACACAGUACAUGAUGGUGGGACCAUUGCUUUGGACUGGCUGCUUGCCACUGAUUCAAAGGGUUCAGAUGGGAUCCUUUCUGAGGAUGCUUCAGCACCACUUGUAGUUAUUGUACCUGGAUUAACUAGUGAUUCUGCUGCUGCUUAUGUAAAACACAUGGCUUAUUCCAUGGCAACGAAGGGGUGUAACACUGUUGUAAGCAAUCACAGGGGUCUUGGUGGUGUGUCCAUUACUUCAGAUUGCCUCUACAAUGCUGGAUGGACAGAAGAUCUCCGAGAAGUCAUUAAUUAUCUCCAUCACAAAUAUCCAAAGGCUCCAAUGCUCUGUGUUGGUACAAGCAUAGGGGCCAACAUUGUGGUCAAAUAUCUUGGAGAAGAAGGUGAGAAUACUCCUGUGGCUGGUGCUGCAUCUAUUUGUUCUCCCUGGGAUCUGGUGGUGGGCGACCGAUUUAUUUCCCGCAAGCUUGUGCAGCGGUUUUACGACAAAGCCCUUGCCUUUGGUCUUAAGGGAUAUGCAAAGCUGCAUGAACCUGUGUUGGUUCGACUUGCAAAUUGGGAAGGUAUUAAAAAGUCACGCUCUAUCCGGGAAUUUGACCACCAUGCCACUUGCAUGGUUGCAAAAUAUGAGACAGUAGAUACCUACUACCGCCGUUGCAGCAGUGCCAGUUAUGUUGGUAAUGUGUCAGUUCCCUUGCUAUGUGUCAAUGCUUUGGAUGACCCCCUCUGCACAAGGGAGGCCAUCCCUUGGGAUGAGUGCAGGGCCAACAAGAACAUUGUUUUGGCUACUACUCCGAAUGGCGGUCAUCUUGCAUUCUUUCAAGGACUAACUGCUGGAAGACUAUGGUGGGUCGGAGCUGUUUCUGAGUUCCUCUUCGCUCUGCUUGACAGUAAAUACAUGCAUCAGCAAAAGGCACAAGACCAUAUUUUGCGUUCUUCCUUGGAGUCGUCCAUCGAUAAGAGCCCAUAUGUCAACGUCAUGGAAGAUGGAAUGAUAGCUCCGGUGACAGAUGAUGGCCCUUGUGAUGAUAUCACCCCUUCUCACCAGGUUAAUGACAUAAAACAAGAUAAUGGGGAUUUUACGCAACAGAAUGAACACACCAGGGAAGUAGAUGAUAAAAAUAUCACAGAAGUAAAUGCAAUGCCUUCCCAAAGCCCUGAACAGUCUGCAGGACAGCAAGUAGAGGAACACUACGUUGGUAAGUUUCAUGAGGCCAUUGCUCCAGUUAAGAGAUCCAUAAACCAACUCACUCGGUACCAGGGUAAGUCAGUCUGGUUGCUUGCUUAUAUUGCUUUUGUAACAUCAUGGCCACUCCUUGGUUCCUUAGCUUUUAUCGCAUUUAGGAAAAAGUUCAGGAAUAAUUUGCUAGCUAAGUGGCUGAGAAGAUAAAUAAGUUGUGUUCCAACAGUUUUUUUUUUUCAUUUGCAUCAUGUAAAACUCAGAAUUGUUUAAAGGCUUGAAAAGCCAUUCGAUCUCACUUCAGUCCUUAACAGUCCAUAUGUACAGUUUCAUCACGUCAAUAGUCAAUAACCGUGCGUGACAGUUUC